CUGUUUGUGUACUUCCUGUUUGUGCUCGAGGAGGAUGACCUGCUGGGCUUCAGUUCUUCUGUAGUUUAACAGUGAAACACCGUCUAGAGUCUGUUAGAACACGUUCAACUCAACAUGCUCGUCCAGGUGUGUCCAGGUGUGCUGCUGCUGCUGCUGCUGCUGGCCCCCCCCACUGGGAGCAGAUACCUGCCGGCCUCAGGCAGGUUCUGGCACAUCACGGACCUCCACCUAGACCCGUCCUACCACCUGACCUCCGACCCCACCAAGGUGUGCUUCUCCUCUAAGGGGGCGCCCGCCACCCACGCCGGCCUGUUCGGGGACUUCCUGUGUGACUCUCCCUACCGCCUCAUCCAGUCGGCCUUCGCUCACAUGGCGCCGCUCACACAGCCGCAGGACUUCAUCAUAUGGACCGGUGACAGUCCACCUCAUGUCCCGGUAGACGAGCUCUCCACGGACACCGUGAUCCAGGUGAUCAGUAACAUGACCCAGACCAUCAGACACAACUUCCCCAACCUGACCGUCUACCCCGCUCUGGGAAACCACGACUACUGGCCUCAGGACCAGAUGCAGGCCUCCACCAAUGCCGUCUACAGAGCUGCUGCCCAGCUGUGGAAGCCGUGGCUGCAGCCUGAAGCUCUGCUCACACUCUCACAAGGUGGUUUCUACUCCCAGCUGGUAAAACCUGGUCUACGGGUGCUCAGUCUCAACACCAUCCUCUACUACGGCCCCAAUAAGGUCACAAAGAACAUGACGGACCCUGCUGGGCAGUUCGAGUGGCUGGAGAAAACUCUGGAGAAAGCUGCUCAGAGUGUGGAGAAGGUGUACAUCAUAGCUCACGUACCUGUGGGCUACCUGCCCUUCGCCAGAAACACCACCGCCGUUAGAGAGCACCACAACGAGCGGCUGGUUGCCAUCUUCAGGCAGUACAGCGAUGUCAUCGCGGGACAUUUCUAUGGCCACACCCACCGUGACAGCGUCAUGGUGCUGUUGGACAAACAAGGUAAACCGCUGAAUUCUCUCUUCGUGUCACCGGCUGUCACACCGAUCAAACAUGUUCUGGAGCCGUACUCCAACAAUCCGGCGUUCCGCACGUACCUGUACAACACUGAGGACUACACUGUGAUGGACAUCUGGCAGUACUAUUUGAAUCUGACGGAAGCCAACGAGAAACAAAGGUCUGACUGGAGGCUUGAAUACGUCAUGACUGAAGCUUUUGGACUGGCUGACCUGCGGCCACAGAGCCUGCUGCAGCUGGGCCUGAGCUUCAGGCUGCCGCAGACCAAAACCUUCCAGCUGUAUUUCAGCCACUACAUGGUCGGCUACAACGCCAGCAUCACCUGCGAAGGAGCCUGUAAGCUCAGCCAGGUGUGUGCUGUGCUCUACCUGGACCGGCCGUCCUACAACGCAUGUGUCACAAAGGGAGAGUGGUAGCAGGGAUCUGACUCAGGAGUCACGUCUGGGUCAAGACGUUUAUUUUAUUACUCAUGAAAAGGGCCAUUAAAGCAGGAGUCAGUAACCAAAGAGAUCUGUCUGGAGCCGCAAAACAUGUGAUCAUUGUGAUGAAGGUAACACAGUUUAUAGUCCAAGUAUAUAGUAUAUCAGUCUAAUGCAGUGAGGGCUAAAGAGACAAUGUACUACGGAGUAUUAGGGC